AGACAUUCAUUAUUUGCUAGAUAUGUCCGUGAUUUAUCAUGAUGAAAUUGAAAUAGAAGAUUUUGACUUUGAUGAAGUAACUGAAACCUACCAUUACCCAUGCCCAUGUGGUGAUAGAUUUGAGAUCACCAAGGAAGAACUGUCUAUGGGAGAGGAAGUGGCCACUUGUCCAAGCUGUUCACUUGUAAUCAAGGUCAUCUAUAACAAGGAGGAUUUCUUUGAGGAAGAAGCUCCAGCAAUGAAAAUUGUUAAGGAAAAGAAGAAGAUAACCAACUAAUCACAUUCAUAAAUUUUUUGUUGAUCUUGCACUUCAAACUUAUCUUAUU